UUUAUCCUCUCCACCGCCAGAUUUUUCACCCACCCACCCACUACCACCACCACCUUCUUACCUCCGGCAAUGGAAAUCAACCACCGGAAACUGCUGCCGGAACCAGAAUCCAACCAAAAUUCAACCUGUUCCGAUUGUGGUCCAACAUGUCCAUACAAGUGCAGCUAUCCAGAAUUCUUUUGGCCACCGCAGCCUCCACCACAACCACCGCAUAUCACCACCGCCACCCACUUAUCACCUUAUGUUAUAAUCGUAGCAGCCUUGCUUGGCAGUGCCUUUCUCUUUAUCAGCUACUACCUUAUUAUGGUAAGAUGCUAUACACGUUUCCGGCGGCCUCCAGCUACACAAAUCUCCGGCGAAGCAGAAGACUUUUCCGAUGAAGAUCAUACGUUUGAAGUUGAUCAUCCCAUCUGGUACAUCACCACCGUCGGCCUCCAACCAUCGGUGAUCAAUUCCAUUACUAUUAUCAGGUUCAAGAAAGACGAUAACUUGAUCGACGGCACCGAUUGUUCAGUUUGUUUGAGCGAAUUUCAAGAUGAUGAAACUUUACGAUUGUUGCCGAAAUGCAUUUUGUCGAACACUUUGAGUGCGGUUUUGAGUCCGAAUGAUCGAAGCUUCUCUCACCGGUCUGAAUCAAACCAAAAUACCCAGAUUGAAAAUUCAGAGGAUGAUGUUGAAAUCGAUUGGAAUCUUGUCCCAGAGAGCGAAAUCUGUGAAGAAAUUGAAGAUUCAAAAACAGAGCACGAGUCUAUAACGGCAGCAAGGAUAUCGAUUUCCAUGGAUUCAGUUGCAGAGAUUAAUCUUGGAGAAUUCGAAGGGGGUUUCGAUGAUUCGACAAGGGAUUUCCAGAGAUCAGAUAGUGGAGGAGAUUCAAGAACUUGAAGAGUGAUGGGUUGGUGGUAGCAUGUUUUUGAAUCCAAGAACUCAGAGAGUACAUAUGAUUUUGGUUUCUUUCCUACGAAAGACGUGUGUUUCCAAACGUCAUGAACAUUAUUAUUUUCAAGAAUAAGUGAUUUUUAGAUAAAUUCUAAAUUUUCUAAAUUUACUUAUUUUAAUUAAAUAUAUAAACCUUUUAUUCGGUGGACUUUGCUUG